GCAAUACAGGGCUGGGAAAUGGUGGCUCUGGAAGGGCUACUAGGAAGAUGAACUAUCAGUACUCUCGAUCAAUUUUGAUCCCACUUGCAUGCAAUGCUCAAGCUUACCAGUGAGAUCAUGAAGAAGUCUCUCUGGUCCUCCAGAUUUGUACAGCGUGUGAACACUGUCAUCCUCCUGAAGCACAAAGAAAACAUUUGGAAAAGGGUCAGUUACUAAUGCAAUGCCUCACUUGCACCAAAACUUUGGACAAUACUUUCAACCAUAGAGGGACAGUCUGAAAAAGGGGGGAUAAAGAGUUCAUCUGAAAUGCCACAGGAUACAUUAUGAACAGCAUUGACCAUCUGAAAAAAUAAGGUACUUCUUUUUUCUUCCCUAUGUGAGUUGCAGGUCAACCGUAUUAACACCAUGUCUUGCCGGGACAUCCACGCCACCAACGCCUUUGCCUUCUUCAUUGCCUUUGUUUCUGUGGCCGGGAUGGCUGUAGCAGCCUUAAUCCCUCAGUGGCGCAUAACCAGACUGGUCACCUUCAAUCGCAAUGCCAAAAACAUCAGCGUUUACGACGGGCUGUGGGUGAAGUGCGUCAAGCAGGAUGGUUAUUCGGGAUGCUACUUCUAUGACUCAGAGUGGUACUCCAAAGUGGACCAACUGGACCUGAGGCUCCUGCAGUUCUGCUUGCCCGCAGGUUUAGUGUUCGGCUCUGUGGCCUUGCUGCUAUGCAUGGCUGGCAUGUGUAAAACCUGCUGCUGCUCAGAAAAGCCUGAAGCGGACAUUAAAAGUAUUCGCUUCUUGGUGAACAGCGCGGGCUGCCACCUGGUGGCAGGGACAUUUCUCUUCCUGGGCGGCGCUAUUGCCGUAGCGCCCUCCGUGUGGUUCCUGUUCUGCACCAAGGAGCUGAACACCAGAUAUGACAACAUUUUCUCUGAUGGCUUCGCGGUGUAUGUGUCCAUAGGCUGCUCUGGGGGGCUGAUGCUGGCCGCCCUGCUCAUGUUCAUGUGGUACUGCAUGUGCAAAAAGUUGCCCUCGCCCUUCUGGUUGCCGCUUCCCUCCAUGUCAACCUCGGCGUCCACUCAGCCGCUCACAGCUAAUGGAUUCCCGCCUUCGCCAGUUUACGGCCCUCAGCCCUUCCCACUGCAUCAGGCCUAUCCUCCCACGGUGAUUGACACGCAGACAUAUGUUCCGGCACUGGGCUAUGUGCAGAGUGUGGCCGCAUCCACACCUCCACAAGUGUACAUGUCUCAGAUUUCUGCUCCAGAUGGGUACUGCUCAGAGGUAGGGGGCGGACAAGCAUACAGCUACGCACCCUCUCAGAGCUGCGCAUCCUCUCAAAACUACGCACACUCUCAGAGCUACGCACACACUCAAAGCUACGCACACACUCAAAGCUAUGCACCAAGCUACGCCGGCCGCCGCCACUCUUCCCGCUCACGCAUGUCUGCCAUUGAGAUUGACAUUCCUGUGGUGACGCAGUAACACAAGGGAAUGAGAUGGUCAUAGAAGCAAGCAUCUGUUGAGAGCUUAUGAUAUUUCAUGAAGGAUAACAUUUACCGUAGAACAAAGAGUCAUGUUGCCGACGCAAAUGAUUCAAGUUUUGUAUAAAAAAAAACACUAAAUUACAUGUCCACUUACUAGCCUUUUCCCUGUUUGCCCAAUAAGUAGCUGAAUGUACAUAUAUUUACGUAUAUAAUUAGUUUGGAUGCCAAAUUACUUCUCCUGUUACAUGAAGUGCCUGAGAUUCACAAGUUUGUCCAUGUAAAAAAGAUUUCUGCUACUACAGAACUCCUUUGGUGCAAAAGGAAUUGUUCAAUAAUGUGACUUUAAAGAGCAGCUGUCAAUAAUGCACUAAUAUGUACUAAUGCAAGUAACUGUGCCACUUGACAUUGUAGAAUUGAUUAUUUGAAUUUGUAUUUUGUUGUUACUGUAUUGUGAUCCCAACUAGCUGUCACACGCAUUAAGUUAUAACACUGUACAUCAAGAUACACUGUAAAAUGUGGUAAAAGUAGUAGUUGUAUCACUGAAUGAAGAACAUUCCAAACUAGUUUUUUAAGAGCACACUACAGCAUAUAUUGACUUAAGUGUCUGCCACUUUUUUUUUGUUUUAUUGAUUUUUUUUCGUAGUUUUUUUUCCGCAUUAAACACGAAAUGUGAUUGUUGUGAUUUUGGUUCUUCAAGUGAACAAUGAGAACAGACUUGGAGUUGCCAGCGUUUUUAAAUGCAAUUGACCUUCAUAUGUGCGCCAUCUGAUGACUGAAGUCAUAGUCUAAAACCUUCACUAAAUGAGCCACGAGUCAAAGGAAACUUGACAUCAUUUGAAUGCACUUUUCUGGUUCAUUGUUUUGUUAAGUAGCCUCGUUUAGGCGUACACACACCCAUUUUGUAUUCACUUUAUUUUAUAACCUGUGCUAGCUUUUAUUAGAGUAUUAUUUCUUCAUGCACAAUAUUCUAGAAUUAUUUGUUAAAAUGCUCAUGUGGAAAAUGUUCUUGUAAAGUUGUUUAGCAUGAAGGUUAUCUGUAACCUGUGUAGUUUUUAUUGUGGCACAAAAUUUGUCAUGUGAGAGAAAAUCCAAAAUAUUGACAUCACUGUCAAAACAUUGGGAUACGAUACUUCGAUGUUUACCAUGAAGACAUAACUGAGAUGAAAUUACACUUUACAAUAUUCCCACAAAUGAGUAUAAAUUGGUGAAAAUCUGAAUUAUUCAGAUAUUACUUCUGCCAGUGGUUAAUCAUAAUUUCAAAAAGGAAAUAUAAUAAGGCCGUCUUUUAAAAGACUUAAGAUUUGGCUUUUUUCAGUGAGUCAUAACUCACAUCUCUGCUUCAGUUGGAGAGAAUUACUAAAAAACGUACAAGAGACACCAUCUUUACUCAACCCUCAGCGUCAGCACCGGUGCCCCACAGGCUGUGUUUUGAGCCCCUUGCUUUUCAGUCUUUACUAGCAAUUCCAUCAUCAAAUUUGCGGAUGAUACUACAGUGGUGGGGCUCAUCACAGAAGGGGACGGACUGCCUAUAGAGAAGAGGUGAAGGCACUGUCAGACCACUAUGCCAAAAACAACCUCAUUCUCAAUCCCACAAAGACCAAGGAGCUGAUUGUUGAUUUCAGGAAAAAAAAUCACUGAGCCCAUCUACAUCAUGGGAGAGGAGGUGGAAAGGGUCUCAGAGUGCAAGUUCCUGGGCGUGAACAUCUCAAGCAACAUGACCUGGAAAAGCAACACCACUGAACUCCAGAAAAAAAGUCAGCAAAGACUGUAUUUUCUGAGAAGGCUGAUAACCUGCUCCUGUCCUUCUAUCGCUGCUCCGUUGAGUCAAUACUGACCUACGGCAUCUCUGUGGUUUUCUAGCUGCACGGUGGCAGACAAAAAAUUACAGGGGGUCAUAAACGUGGCAUGUCCUCUUACAUCUCUAGAGAACCAGUAUAAGAGACACUGCAACAGGAGAGCAAACAGCAUCCUCAGGGACUCAUCCCACCCAGCUUGAACUCUUGCCCUCAGGUAGGCACUAUAAGACCAUCAAAGCAAGGACAAAUAGAUUGAAAAACAGUUUCUAUCCAAGAGCUGUUAUUGCCCUAAACACUGCACGUACCUGAACACUCACCACUUUAUUAACUUGCUUACCUCUGAUAGAGAUCUGCUAGGCAAUAUGUAUUUAACAUUUUAUUAUAUUAUUCAAUUUUAAUUUUUUUAAAUUAUUGUUUAUUGUCUUAAGACUAUUUUAUUUAGGUUGUUUUAAAAGCACUGAUUGCUGUCCAAUUUUGUUGUUUCCAUACAAUGACAAUAAAGGUACCGGUAUUCUGA